UUAGGAAAGCCACGACACACACAGAAGCGUUACGUGAUACACCCUUCUCACUCUCACACCCUGUACACUACACCCAGAAAGGGCUAAUACAUAUAUCUAUAUCUAUAUAUACACACAAGUAUAUAGACGUAGAAUAUACAAACACGGUUGGUUCGUGUGUGUGUGUUACGUGUGUUUAUAUCGAACGUUGCGAUCCUGAAAAGUCGCGUCGCUCCGCGCACCGAGUGAAGUAGUAGCAAAAAAAAAAAUAUACUUCAUCAACAUAGCUGUGUGUGGAAGACAUUAGAAAACAAAGGAAAAGCUAAAGAAAACGUACGUGGAAAUUGGGGCGCGGAAAGCUAUGGCGGCAAGUGCGCGCGGAACCGGGACGACCCUCUGAUCUUACUUGCUCAACGAAAAACGAAGAGAGAUCAAACCCGGAAACACGGAAGAAAAUUCAUUUUUUUUUUCGGAUUGAACGACGAGAGAAGCACGGAAACAGGUGGACUUCGGCGGAGGAUGAAGCAGUUCGCGGACGAGAUCCGAAGACACAUUGUGAUGACGAAGACAGGAGCGCGUUCGGCGGAGCAUCAGAUCAAAAGGAUUUAGCGAACUAAAACUUUCGUAUAUAAUAGAAAGGAAGAGAAAACUUUGGGAAGAUGGGUGAGAAACAGGGUUCGACGAUUUGGAGCCAGCUGAAGGCGAUGCUCAUCAGGAAUAUCCUGCUGAAGAAACGAGAACGACGGAAGACCAUAGCGGAGGUGCUGCUGCCUUUAUACUCGCUGAGUAUUUUGAUCGUGAUGAAGAUCUUCAUCCCGAAUCCGAACUUCCCGCAGGUGGACACGCCGAGGGGAGAGGCCAAGCUGUUCAAGCACAUCCAACACAUGACCAACUACACGGUGGCCGUCGUCCCGAACACCACCGAAGUUCAAAAAUUCUUGCAAAACGUGAACGAACUGUGGCGCGAUACGUCGGAUCAGGAGUCCGUUGAACCUAUACACUGGAUCUACUUUCCCAGUAAAGAGGAGUUGCUCACUAGUUAUUGGAAGUUACCGAGUUCAGUGCCGAUGGCCGUCAUCUUCGAAGAGCCGGGUCCCAUCGACGGACCAUUAAGGUACGAGAUCCGAGCGAAUCCCUCCUUUCACGACAUGCCCUCGACGACGGCUUACUACAGUUCCCCUGCGAGCUGCAGGCAGACGACCGCUCUCAUCAACGGCCAACUAUCAGCUAUUAUUCCCAUCGAGACCGGAGACAGUUGUCCGGUGAAUCAGUACUACUAUUCCGGAUUCAUUGCGCUUCAAGCGCUCCUCGACUACACGAAAAUUGGCAUCGACACAGGAAGGGAGGUGCGGGUGCCGGAGCUGCUCUUGGAGAUGUUCCCGAAGGAGGCCUUCACCGGCAACUGGAUGGUCGCCUUCCGCGUCGUCAUACCCCUGUACAUGGUGAUGGCGCUCUCGCAGUUCAUCACUUACCUACUCAUAUUGAUCGUUGGAGAGAAGGAGAGGAAGAUCAAGGAGGGCAUGAAGAUGAUGGGAUUGCGCGACUCCGUCUUCUGGCUAUCUUGGUUCAUCAUCUACGGCAUCUUCGUUCUCGUCCUCUCGACCGUCUGCUGCGGCCUCCUCUACGUUUUACGAGUGUUCCAGAACACCAAUCUCUUCGUCAUAUUCCUGCUCAUCUUUCUCUACUCCCUCUCCAUCAUCAUGUUCGGCUUCAUGAUAACACCCUUCUUCGACAAAUCAAGGACAGCGGGAAUCUUGGGCAACUUCGCCGUCAUCAUCAUGAGCCUCUUCUACUUCAUACAAGUCUUCGUGGCCAACUCCAACUCCGUCACCUUGUGGUUCGUAUCGCUCAUCAGUUCCGCUGGAUUCGCACUCGCCAUGGAUAAGGCUCUCGUCAUGGAUCUAUCCGGCGAGGGAAUCAACUUCGAGAACCUCUGGUCUUCGGGGACCGGAAUCCCAUUCGGCGGCAGCCUCAUCAUGAUGGCCUUCGACAUCAUCCUCUACGGAUUCCUGGCCUACUACUUCGACAGCGUCAUACCAAGUGAAUAUGGAAUCAAGAGAUCGCCGUUCUUCUGUUUCAGACCUUCGUUUUGGUGGCCCAAGCGUCGUGCAGAGAACAUUCCUAUAGUUAAUGGAAGUUCGGUAGGUUCUUUGAACAACGUCGGUUCCGAAGAGUCGAAUUGCGACGUGGAGCAGGUUCCGAGAGAGAUGCGCAGCAAAGAAGCAAUCAAGAUUACGGAUCUAUUCAAAUCAUUUCAAUAUUGUCGUAAACCAGAAGUGAAGGCUGUGAAUGGCAUAAACUUGACGAUCUAUGAAGGACAGAUUACAGCGAUUUUGGGACACAACGGUGCAGGAAAGACGACUCUGUUCAAUAUACUCACAGGGUUGACGGCGCCGACGUCCGGAACGGCUUAUAUCUUCGGUUACGACGUCAGAGAUCCGAACGAUAUGGAUCAAAUCAGGAGGAUAACCGGGGUGUGUCCGCAACACGACAUCCUCUUCGAUAAUUUAACACCGAAAGAGCAUUUGGAGUUCUUCGCUGCGGUUAAAGGUAUCCCGAACGGUUUGAUCGAGUAUGAGGUAACAAAGACUCUGCGCGAUAUCGACUUGACGGAUAAGGCUAAUUCGUUAGCGAAGCACUUGAGCGGUGGACAAAAGAGGAAGUUGUCUGUGGGGAUUGCGGUUAUCGGAGAUCCAAAGAUUAUAAUUUUGGAUGAGCCCACGGCUGGUGUGGAUCCCUACUCCAGGAGGCACAUGUGGAACGUGCUGCAAAACCGAAGACACGGAAAGGUGAUUCUGCUGACUACGCAUUUCAUGGACGAAGCGGAUAUUUUGGCCGAUAGGAAAGCGGUGGUGUCAAAGGGAAAGGUGCGGUGCUGCGGAACUUCCCUCUUCCUGAAGAACAAAUUCGGGAUCGGCUAUCAUCUGACACUGGUGCUGGAAGGAGCGUGCAGGGAGCACGCGAUCGCCAGAUUGGUGACCUCGCACGUGCCCAAAGCGGAAAAGGCGCGUCGCCACGGACGGGAGCUGAGCUUCAUCCUGCCGCACAACGCCGUAGAUAAUUUCGCCCAAUUGUUCCAAGCUAUCGAGCAGGAAAUCAACAACAGACAAAGCCGACUAGGUAUUUCUUGCUAUGGCGUCUCCAUGACAACCUUGGAAGAGGUGUUCUUGCACUUGGAGCGCGACGAAGAGACCGAAUUCACCAUGGACAACCUCUCCAAGAAGAUGGUGCGGAACAGAGCUUUAAGUCGGAGCUUAAGUCUGCAAUCGAAGAGCACCAGCUAUCAAUCGCUUCAGAACGAGGCCAACAACAUCGAGAAGGACAAAGCCAUCACCGUUGAUUUGCAGACAGUUGGAUUGGAAAGCAUAAGCGAAACUAAAUCUCCAAUUACCGGUUUGGGCUUGGAGAAGGUGGAGGUCGAUCCCGGAGUGUUUCAAACUCUGUUCGCGCUUCUCCGGUUGCGAACUCUUCGCUUGGUGCGCGACAUCCAGAAGCUGUAUUUCCUUGUGAUCCUUCCGUUGGCCUUGGCAGCUUUGGGACUUUAUCUGAACAGGAUACAGAGUUGGGAGCCGAAGCAGAAUUCGCUUCUGCUGAACGGUGCGCAGAUUUAUGGAAAGGGAUCGAAGAUUGCUAUACACAAUGCGACUUGGAGCAGUUUAGAUCCGAUGCUGGAUCAGUUGAACGCUCUCGGUAUUAACGAUUACACAUUCUAUGAUGGUAACUUUAGUUUGCUGCUGGAUAUCUAUCCGCAUAUGGCGGCUCUGAACGUGAAUUCGUUUUCUUAUCCGGACGUCAGCUUGACGUUGAUUUAUAAUGACACGAUGCAGCACAGUUUGCCUAUAAUGAUCAAUUUGAUUAGCAACGCCAUCUACAGGUUGAUGAGUCCGGAGCGUUUGAGUCACGGGAAUUGGGAGCCUAUAGAGGUGAUGGCGCAACCUUUUCCUCAGACCGUGCAACCGCAGGAGUUCAAUAUGGGCGUCUUCACGACGGCCACCUUCAUCGGGAUGAUCUUCGUGUUGGUGCCAGCUUCUUUGGCAAUCGAUUUGGUGUACGAUAGGGAGAUUAAGGCGAAGAAUCAGUUGAGGGUCAACGGGUUGAGCUUUUCCAUGUACUUCGUCACGUUCUUCAUGGUGCUGGCAGGAUUGAUGCUUUUCAUUUGCGCUGCGCUUCUCCUCAUCGUCAUCCUUUUCGAUAUACCCUCGCUCAGAGAUCCUCCAGCUUUGGUCACUCUCGGCGGACUCGUUUUACUCUAUUGUCCCGCCUCGAUACUCUUCAGCACGUGCGUCAGCUACAUCUUCGAUAAAAUGGACUCGGCCCAAUCUAUCCUCCCGAACAUCGCCACUUUCCUGGGAUGCAUUCCGUUCGUUAUGGUCACAUUCUUGGACAUGCUCAGAAUCGCUGGAAGCGCCACUUUCAUCUUGCACGUUUUCUUCUCGCUGGUCAACACCAUGUACAUUCCCUACGGCAUAGUUUACUACGUGCAAAGAGUUUACUUGAUGUGCACGGUGAACAGCGCUUGCACCAACUUGACGUUCGCCGAUUACAUGUCCGACGAGAUCAUCGUCAUGGUCGUCGGUAUUCUCAUCCACAUCCCGCUCUGGUUCUUCGUGCUCGUCAUCUUGGACAUCAAGAAAGGAGGCGGAAAGAUCGGAGAUGCCUUCAAAAUGUUCCGAGGAAAAUCCAAGGAAGUGUUCGACGAUGUCAACGACAUAAGCGACGUCGGCGAGAACGAGGACAUCGACGUUAUUGCUGAAAGGCAAAAGGUCACGACGAUCCUAAACUCGCACACACAGAAUCCUCCAGUUGUGAUGGUGCAAAAUCUGCACAAGGAAUACACGAAGAACGAUUACAAAUUCUCCGAGUGCUGCUGCAAGCGUGAAGAGCCGACGACGACGAAGGUGGCCAUCAGGAGUUUAUCUUUGGGCGUCGACGCCGGAGAAGUUUUCGGUCUGUUGGGACACAACGGUGCAGGAAAAACCACAACGAUGAAAAUCAUAACCGCAGAAGAGGCAGCUACCAGAGGAAGAGUGCAAAUUGGCGGACAAAGUAUUACGUCGAAUAAAUCGGACGCGUUCAGAUUAUUGGGUUAUUGUCCACAACACGACGCUUUGUGGAAGAACAUCACUGUUAAAGAGCAUUUGGAGUGUUACGCGGCAAUUCGUGGUGUUCCACAUAGUCAAAUAUCCGGAAUUGUUAACUUGUACUUGUCCGGUCUGCAAAUACACGAGCACGCGGAUAAGCAGACGCAUCAAUGCUCCGGAGGAACGAGGCGUAAAUUGUCUUUCGCUAUGGCGAGUAUCGGUAAUCCCAAGGUGGUGUUGAUGGAUGAGCCAAGUACAGGCAUGGAUCCAAGGAGCAAAAGGUUCCUGUGGGACACGAUCUUAGCUAGUUUUCAGGGUAAAAGGGGUGCCAUCCUGACGACGCACUCCAUGGAAGAAGCGGACGCCCUCUGUUCGCGAGUCGGUAUAAUGGUUAAAGGAGAACUUAGAUGUUUGGGGUCGACUCAACAUCUGAAGAACAUGUACGGAGCAGGAUACACGUUGGAAAUGAAGCAUCGAGGAGGCGAUAAAACCCCGACCAACGACAGACACACCGAGCUGAAGGAGUUCGUGAACUCUCUGUUCCCGGAAGCAACGCUUCAAGAGAGCUUCGCCGAUCGUCUGGUCUUCAGCGUUCCCCAACAGAGCGUACCGUCGUUGGCGAAUUGCUUCACGCAAUUGGAGAAAGCGAAAACCGAGCUCGACAUCGAGGAGUACAGCUUCAGCCAGACGACACUGGAGCAAGUGUUCCUGAAGUUCGCGCAGAUCGAUGAAAUCAACGACGAAUGAUGAAUGAAUCAAAAGAGGAAUUAUUAAUUUAUAUUCAAGUAACGAAUUUUUCGUUUGUCUUUUUUUUAGCGCAAUUUGCUACCACUACAAGAUAACUAAACAUUAUAUUAAUUAAGUAAAAAGAAACCCCAACCCGAAAAGCGUAUUUAAACAAAAAAAAAUAACGUACUUAAUCAAAAACAAAAUAAUUAAGUAAAUACAAGCGGAUUUACGAUUAAGGAUACAAAAACUAUAUAUAUAUAUAUAUGAU